CCGGGCCCGCCGCAGCUCCCCGGGCCGCGUCCGCAGGGCCACCGGGCGCCGAGCGAGGGCUGCGCGGGGACGUCGCCGUCGUCACUCGGACGCAGGAGUGAGCUUUCAGGGGUUUGCUGUGGGAGGAGACCUUGAGGUUCCCCGACAGGUGCAUCGGUCGGAUUCAACGGAAAUUCCCUCCCGGCCCGACCGCCGCGGCCGCCCGGCCUCGGGGACACUCGCCGGGCAGGUGCCCGGGAGCGCAGGCGCCCCCAGGGACUCGGGGCCCCGAAAAUGCUCGGACCCGCGCCUAGCCCGGCAGGAGGACUGUAACCGCGGGACACAGGCAGAAGGAGAGGCAGGCUCCACGCCGGGAGCCCGACGCGGGACUCGACCCCGGGACUCCAGGAUUGCGCCCUGGGCCGAAGGCGGCGCUAAACCGCCGAGGCACCCAGGGAUUCCCCCUCGUCCUUUUUAAUAGAAGUCAGCUACCUACCCAGGCAGUAUGAAGAUCUUCUUUGUAGAACCUGCCAUUUGCCUUAGUGCAUUUGCUAUGACUUUGACUUCUCCACUGACCACACAGUAUGUGUACAGGAGAAUAUGGGAAGAAACCAGCAACUACAGUUUUGUAUCUGAUAGCAAUAUUUCUGAGUGUGGAAAAAACAAAAGCAGUCCGAUUUUUGCAUUCCAGGAGGAAGUUCAGAAGAAAGUAUCUCUUUUCAAUCUGCAGAUGGACAUAAGUGGUUUAAUUCCUGGUCUAGUGUCUACUUUCAUACUUCUGUCUCAUAGUGAUCAUCGAGGACGAAAAUUCCCUUUGAUUUUGUCUUCUGUUGGUUCUCUUGCAACCAGUGUUUGGCUCUGUUUGCUUUCCUAUUUUGCUUUUCCAUUCCAGCUUUUGAUUGCAUCUACCUUCAUUGGUGCACUUUGUGGCAAUUCCACCACUUUCUUAGGAGCUUGUUUUGCCUACAUAGUUGAUCAAUGUACAGAACAGAAACAAAGAACAAUUCGAAUAGCUAUAAUCGACUUCAUACUUGGACUUGUCACUGGACUCACGGGACUGUCUUCUGGCUAUUUUAUCAGAGGAUUAGGUUUCAUGUGGUCAUUUUUUAUUAUUGCUAUGGCUCAUGCUAUUAACUUGAUUUAUAUUUCAUUUUUUCUUGGUGAUUCAUUGAAAGAAACUUCAUCUCAGAAUGUUUCCAUAUCCUGCAGUGAAGGCUUUAAAAACCUAUUUUACCGAACUUACAUGCUUUUUAAAAAUGCUUCUGGUAGGCAACGGUAUUUUCUCUGUUUGUUACUUUUUACAAUGAUCGCUUACUUUUUUGUGAUAAUUGGUGUCUCCCCCAUUUUUAUCCUUUAUGAAUUGGAUUCACCACUCUGCUGGAAUGAAGUUUUUAUAGGUUAUGGAUCAGCUCUGGGUAGCGUCACUUUUUUUAGUAGUUUCCUAGGAAUAUGGCUUUUUUCUUACUGUAUGGAAGACAUUCACAUGGCCUUCAUUGGAAUCGUUACCACCAUGGCAGGGAUGGUUAUGACUGCUUUUGCCAGAACAACACCGAUGAUGUUUUUAGUCAGGCUGCCUUUCCUUUUCACUAUUGUGCCACUCUCUGUUCUACGCUCCAUGAUAUCAAAAGCGGUUCGUUCCACUGAACAAGGCACCCUAUUUGCUUGCAUUGCUUUCUUGGAAACACUUGGUGGAGUCACUGCAGUUUCUACUUUUAACGGAAUUUAUUCAGCCACCGUUGCUUGGUACCCAGGCUUCACCUUUCUGCUGUCUGCUGUUCUAUUACUAAUUCCAGCCGUCAGUCUAUGUGUGGUCAAGUGCACCAGCUGGAAUGAAGGCAGCUAUGCACUUCUUACACAAGAGGAAUCCAGUGAAGACACUUCAGAUAGAUGAUUAAUUGUGAUUUAAAAAAAAAAAACAACAAACAGCUAAACACAUGUAUCCUAUGCUUUGACUUCUGAGGACUGUAAAUGAGUUCCAUAAUCAAUAUUUCAUCAAUAAUCAAUGUCAUAGUUUCUUUCUUCUAAACUGAACAGGAGAGAACUAGCUUCUGGUUCUAGCUUCUUAAAGUAUUUUGCACUUUGAGCACUUUAUGAACAUCAUGUGAUAGAUUUCCAUAGAUAGAAAAACAAAUCUCAAAACACUUCUCACCUUGGGAUUUAGGAAUGAAACUGAAACUUCACAGUAUAAAGAGAUUGAGAAACCUGACACAAUCAAAAGCAAUAAUUUCCCUGACAUACUCAGUUUCUUUUUGGGACCAAGGAGAACACUAUACCUCAGUUUUUUCAUCUGCAAGUGGGUUUCUGACCUCUGGAAGAUUUUGAAGGCAUAACUAUUCAAAAUUAUGAUGAAUUAUUCACUGAUAGGAAAACAAUGAUAAAACUUUCAAAUAUUUAAAGUGCAGUCGUACCUCUGCUUAGAAAAUGGUUUGUUUUAGAGAUCCCAUCAAGGUGGUAUGACAGGGAAAGCUUUUAAUAGAUGCAAAAACUUUGAAAUGGAAUCACUUUAAAGGAUGCAUAUUUUCACUAUUUCUAACAUGUUUCAUCAGUGAUAAGCAUGAUAAUAUUUAUAUAGGUAACACAGGAGUGAUUGGAAAAAAAUAUCAUUAAGAAAUUGUUUACAAAGCAACGCAAAAACGGAGUAAGCAGCCAGUCAGGAAGUGACAGUACAAUAUUCAUUCAUUAUUUUUAUCAAGGGAUAGCCACUUCUUACAGCCUUAAACUUAUCUUGAAACCCACCCUGGUCCCUGAAAACACAUUCUCUCAUGCCUCCUAUCUUUCUAUACAUUGUCCCAUUUCCCCUUCCUCCCUUUGGACCAUGAAACUUUAGAAUCUCAGCCAAAACACUGCUUUCUCUGAAUAGCCUUCUUGACAUUUCUUGCCUACUCUUGUAAUCCCCCAACUUCUGCAGGGCACCCACAGCACUUUGUGUAUACUUCCAUCCAAGCAGAUUCCAUUGUCUCAUAAUAUUUAUUUUAUUAAUAUUACCCGACAAUGAGGACGGGACAGUCUUUGAUUCAUUUUAUCCUCAAUAAAUGUUUGUUGAACUGAA